GAAGCCCAUAUAUAAAAGUCCAUCAAUCAGCCCCUAUUCUCUCUCUCAAGCCCGUCAAUCCACCGGCCCAUUAACUUCCUGGCCCAUCUCUCUCCUUAUCUCCAUGGCACGCACUUCAAGGCAGAAAAAUGAGGAUAAGAGAAAUGAAGUGGCUAUAAGAGAAGGAGGCCAAGACAGAGAGAAGGGGGCGGGGGGGUAAUGGGCCUCAUCAAUACUUGAUGCUCACAUUUUUAUUGACAUUGGCAAAAUAAUUUGUAUAUUCUCUUACAUGCCAAAUAAUAAAAUGCAUCCAUCAUUUAAAUUAUAGGUUUUAUUUUUUCAUAUAUCUACAAUUUAACUCAAAAAAUUAAAAGAAAUUAAUACGAUCAAUGCAAUAUCCAUUUAAAUUAUGGAUUUUGUUUUUCGCCUCACCCAAGCACAUCCACUAGCAAGUCGACACGUGUCCAAGUAAUCAGAUCGUCUUUUUAACGACCGCCAACUAACUACCCUCCCAAAACUGCAAGAGGCAAAAUAGACUCACUAAUCUGACGGUCGGGAUUCAAUUUCACCAACCAACCAACCAGAAACCUCCACGUGUCAGUAACUUUUAAAUCUAGCUUUCCCUGUAAUCGCCGGUCACCAACGGAAAACUCCGAUCCCUUUUCUCAUUUAUUUCUUUCAAUUUCUCCACACAAAUUUUCCUGUGUUUUUUUUUUUUUUUUUUUUAAUUUUAUGUUCUGAAUUUUGUUAUUAAUUGAAUAAAAAAAGAAAAGGAAGAGCAUUUGCAUAUUAUUAAUUGAAUCAGAGACAAAUGCUCUUUCUUUACGUUUGAUCUAUCUUCAUCUUCGACCUAAAUUUUGAAUUUUGAUUUUCAUUUACUAGAAAAGGAAAUUUUGAUUUAAUCGAGUGAAUAUUAGCUUAAUUAAAUUCCUUACUAUUUAGGGAUUUUUUUUUGUUCGAUCUCUGUGAAACACUUCCGAUUUUGAUUUGUGAUUAGGGCAAAAUUAUCAAAGUCUAAAUCUUUUGAGUUUAUUUGAAUUUUACGGUGUUUAGGGUUUGAUUAAUUGAAUUUAUUAGUCGAAUCAAUAGUUUUUUUUUUUUAAAAUUUAUUUUUUUAGUUUUUUAAAUUUAUCUGGAAUAUAGAAUUCUGUGUAUAAAGAUAUUGAGGUUGGUGUUUAGGAAGAAAUAUGGCAGCUGGUGCCGAUUUUUCGCCUAUGUUAACUGAUAUCGAAGCUUGUUAUAAUAGCAAAGAAAUUCCGGUGGCGAAAAAUGAAAUUUCGGAUAAUGUUAACGACUUUAAGCAAUUAAACGGUCGACCGCCUCGGCAUCUAUCUAUCGUGCGCCAUUCAAUCAGCACCGCUACAUUACUUUCGCCCACGGAGUUGUUGGAUUCCGAGAUUGGAGCUACGGGAAUAAAGUCGCCGUCGGAUAUAAAAUCGAACUUCCAACCAAUUUUCCGAUCGGGAAGUUGUGCUGAGAAAGGACCGAAGCAGUAUAUGGAAGACGUGCACAUGUGCAUUGAUAAUUUGCCUCGACAUUUAGGUGAAUUUACGGGUUUUACUUUACCGGGAGCUUUUUACGGCGUUUUUGACGGCCAUGGAGGUAUAGAUGCAGCAUUGUUUGUGAGGAAUAAUAUUCUUAAAUUUAUAGUUGAAGAUUCGUUUUUUCCGGUUUGUUUGGAGAAGGCGAUAAAGAGUGCGUUUCUUAAAGCCGAUUACGCGUUUGCGGAUGAUAGUUCUCUCGAUAUAUCAUCUGGCACGACUGCGUUGACCGUAUUCAUUUCCGGAAGAAAAAUGAUAGUUGCCAAUGCGGGAGACUGUCGAGCCGUGCUAGGAAAACGAGGCAAAGCAGUCGAAAUGUCACGAGACCACAAACCAAACUACACAUCGGAAAAACUCCGAAUCGAAAAACUCGGAGGAUCCAUUUUCGACGGGUACCUAAACGGUCAACUAUCCGUAUCGCGGGCCAUAGGCGACUGGCACAUGAAGGGGGCCAAGGGGUCCGCUUCUCCACUAACCUCGGAGCCCGAAUUGCAAGAAACCAUACUAACGGAAGACGACGAGUUCUUGAUUAUAGCAUGUGACGGUUUGUGGGAGGUUAUGAGUAGCCAAUGUGCGGUCUCGAUUGCUAGGAAAGAAUUGAUGAGACAUAACGACCCGGAGAAAUGCUCGGAGGAAUUGGUGCGCGAGGCGUUGAAGAGAAAUACGUGCGAUAAUUUGACGGUGGUUGUGGUUUGUUUCUCGGUGGAUCCUCCAACGAGGGUUGAGAUUGCUCCGGGAAGAGUGAGGAGGAGUAUUUCCGCGGAGGGGCUUAAUCUUCUUAAAGGUGCCUUGGAAGGUCAUUUGUGAGGGAAAAAUAUGUUAUUGCAUUUAGUACCCCUGUGUUCCGAUUAUUAGCAAAAAUCCCCUUAUAGUGUAUUUUUUUAGCGCACGACCCUCUAAAAAGUGAGUUAUUAGGUGGCCGUUUGCUAAAAAAGUUGAAUAGUCGGGGUUUUUCGCUAAUAAAAUAACAUGAUGAGUUUUUUUGACAAUUAGAGAAAAUAUAGGGGGGGUUGAAUGCAAUAAACGCAUGAGGAAAACGAUGUUCGGGGCUAAAUAUGUCGAUAAAUGAGGAAGAAAUGUAAAUUUUUUUUCUGGUGAAAUUUUGUUGCUUUUAAUUGGAUGAGGUUUUG